UAAAGCAGGCAGCUGCAGGCAUCACGCGGACUUACUUCCGAGCGACAACACGCCUUCUUCUGGUCCUCCCUCCUGCUCUCCUCCUCCCCCUGCCCUCCUUCCUCCCUCGCGUCCUCACCAUGGACGUCAACAUCCAUCACCACGAUCCUGCUGUCCAGAGCAAGCGCACUUCCAUCCACGAGCUGCUCAACCCUGUCGGUCCCUCCACAUCCCUCGACCAGCAGUAUGCACAGCAGCUUCCCAGCAUAUCGCACUUCAUGCCCCAGCCCCACCCUCACCAGCACCCUCAGCACGUACAGGCCAUGCCUCCGCCUCAGUACUCGCCCCCCAUGAAUUCACAGCCCUCGUUCAGCCUGCGCACCGCGAGCUGGGACCAACAGGCAACAAAGGAUGACCUCGCUCGUCGCCCCGAGACCGAUCCCAAUGCGUGUCGUUUCGGGCAUCCUUCCGUGCCAUCUCACCAUCAGUACUAUCAAGAGACUUACCCCCGCUCUUCUCGCUCCGUGAGUGAGACGCCCAGUUACGGAAUGGACAUCCCAUCGUGGUCUACUGCGACCGAGCAGGCCAACUCCCCCUACCCCAUGUACUCGAAUGACCGUACAGAUUGGCAGAGCGGUGAACGAGCAUCCCCACUGCCCCCGAUGACCCCGUCGGCUCAUGUCGGCUACACAUCUGUCCCUUUCGCAAUCCCAUUCGAGCAAAGUGACGAUGAGUCGGGGGCAAAAUCAAAGAAGUCGCGAUCGAUGGCGACUGCGAGCGUGAGCCUGAACGUGAACACGAACGCGAACGCGAAGGUGGCAAAGGUCCCAGAGGGUGCCGCCCAAUCAAGACGUGGCUACAGCGCCAAGAAACGCAGCGAAGCCGCACAGAUAGCUGCUCAAAACGCCCAACUGAUGCCCACCGUGUCGUAUGCGCACGUGUCGAAUGAGAAGGGGAAGGAGAAGGCUGCCAGUAACACCGUUCAAGGUCCCAUGAGAAUCGUGGGCCAGGAUGACACUUCGCAGCUUGAGACUUCCGGACCACUGCAUCCGGAGCUCCAGUUCGCUCGAUGCAUGUCAAACAGAUACCGAUCGGAGGAAUUCCCUCGCUGUGUAUCCUGCACUCGUCGAUGGGCCGGCGAUACCUGUCGCUUCCAGGGUAUACGCUUCUUCCUCAAGAACGACAAGAAACAGAUCGUUGGGAUCAGUUUUGUCGAGAGCCAGAAACCCGACGCGCCGACGAUGAACUUUCCGAACAAGUGGAACAUACUCUGGACAAGCCUCACACUCGACGUCGCGCAGGCGCUUCUGCCCACCCUGAAGAAGGAGCUGGACCAUCUCAGCCUGAGCGAGGUCAUACGUCGCCCGAGAGAAAGUGAGGUCAGGGCAACUUGCGAUACAUGCAUGACAUCCAUAUUCUCGAGCAGCUGGAUGUGCUGCUAUGAGCAGGCACGACGGGAGAAGCAUGCGCAUAUCAACCCUUCUUCCUGUCGUGUACACGCGAAUGAACACCAGGCCAAAGACUUCUCACCCAUGUCCCUCAUCACGGAGAUGGAGGCGCUGCUUCAGGAGACCGAGCAAGAGCGUACAGCAUCGACACUACAGUGGUCGGACCCCGUACCGAGCAGCAGCGUACCUGACACGCGGUAUAUCACAUCCGCUGCCUAUGUCGAUAACCUCAGCAACGGUGUACCUCCAGAGCCAUCCUCCUUCGCGGCGGGUACCAAGGUGCCCUCUCACGUCACGCGGUACUUCGCGGACGGCGAGCUCACGGAUGACAUCUUCUGCCGUAUCUGGGCCCGCGGCGAGCCUAUCGUGGUCACAGGUAUGCUCCCGAAGUUCCACUGCCAGACGGACCAGAACCGGCGCGUGACGGUGGGCGAGUUCUUCUCCUGGUUCGGCAGGUAUGAAGGGCGCCGAGAUUGCUGGAAGUUGAAGGACUGGCCGCCAUCAACGGAUUUCCGCACUGCUUUCCCUGAGCUGUACGACGACUUCGCGAACGCGACGCCGGUGCCGAACUACGUGCGGCGAGAUGGUGUUCUGAACCUUGCGUCGCAUUUCCCGGGCAAUACAGUUGCUCCUGAUCUGGGGCCGAAGAUGUACAACGCGAUGGCGUCCUUUGAGUCUAACGGCAGCAAGGGUUCGACGCGGCUACAUAUGGACAUGGCUGAUGCCGUGAACGUCAUGCUCUAUGCCGCACCAACGCCGGAUGGCCGCCCGGGAUGCGCGGCGUGGGACCUCUUCAAGGCGGAGGAUGCGACGAAGCUCCGGAAAUACAUGCGCAAGAAGUUCAAGGGCCAGUUUCAGCACGACCCGAUCCAUUCUCAGCAGUUCUACUUGGAUUCCGAGCUCCGGGAGGAGCUUUUCAAGGAAUACGGCGUCAAGUCGCACCGCGUCUUACAGAAGCCUGGUGAGGCCGUGUUCAUCCCGGCCGGCUGUGCCCAUCAGGUUUGCAACCUCGCGGAUUGCAUCAAGGUGGCCAGCGAUUUCGUCAGCCCCGAGAACAUCGAGCGGUGCGAGAUGCUCACUCGCGAGUUCCGGGAACAAAAUCAGUCUAUGGCAUGGAAGGAGGACGUGUUGCAGCUCCGCACGAUGAUGUGGUUUGCUUGGCUCUCGUGCACGCGUCAGGAGAAGGAUGCAGAUGCCUGAAUACGGCCGGACUGUCAGUGUGUUUUGGUUAUCGCUGUCAUGCUGCUUUGCUCUCGAAGCCGACUACAUUAAGUACUACUUGCAAUGCCCGCCACCUACUGUUACUUGUCGUCGUUGUCAUCAUUAUAAUCGCUUGGUAGCUUGUGUAUUGAUAUCGGUAUCGUUGUCUGCAUCUGGUAGCUUGCUCGCGUCUGGUUAGUGGUAGCGUACACAUAUUGGAGACAUACGAACAAUACAACUCAAGAUUAUUGGAUCGAGAA